AUGAAAGAAGAACGUGAAUCAAAUAUUAGAAACUCUAUUUUUGAAUCAGCGCACGCACUAUUAAACACCAUCUCUACGUCUGUAGGACCAAAAGGACUAGAUAAAAUGAUAAUAAAACAAAACAAGACUACGGUUACAAAUGACGGUGCUACUAUCUUAAAAUUUUUUACAGAAAAUCCUAUACAUCUAUUUCUUAGUAAUGUAUCCACAUCACAAGAUGAGAAAUGUGGGGAUGGAACUACUAGUGUAAUAAUUUUAACGUGUAGUCUACUUAAUUCACUUAAGAAACUUCUAGAAAUGAAUAUUCAUCCCUCGAUAAUCUGUGAUUAUCUAGAAAGAGCUAGAAAUGUGGCUAUUUCUUAUAUAGAGUGGGCAAAAAUACCAGUUAAUGAUGUUAAUAUUUUUAAUACUGUUAUAACCACUUUAAAUUCUAAAGUGGUAGGCAAUGCAGUAGAAAUGGCAAGUGCAUCUAUAAAAGCGAUGGAAGCAACAGGAUAUGAUAAAAAUAAAAUACGAAUUUUAAAAAAGCUGGGAGGAUCAAUUGAUGAUGUAUUGUUUUAUAAAGGAAUGUUAUUUAAAUCAGAUAUCAAAACAGAAAAACGUCGCGUAAAAUGCGGGGCGAUUCAAUUUUGCAUUAGUGCGCCGAAAACGAAUAUGGAUAGUAAAAUUUUAGUUGACAGUCCACUUCUUAUGGAGAAAAUAAUUUCAGAUGAAAGAACAUAUAUAUUAGACAUUUGUAAAAAAAUAAAAAUGAGCGGGUGUCAGUUACUUUUAAUACAAAAAAGUAUAUUAAGGGAUAGUUUAUCUGAGUUAGGUCGUCAUUUUCUUAAGCAGUUAAAUAUUUUAGUAAUAGAAGGAUUAGAUAGAAAAGAAGUUGAAUAUAUCUGUGAAGCAUUGGGUAUUGAACCUAUUUCUGAUGUUAAUUUUCUUACUUGUGAGAAUUUAAAAGAAGUGGAAAUAAAAAAUACUGAAGACAUGUUAGAAAUAAAAGGAUAUGGUAGCAGUAUUGUUAUUAAUGGAUGUGAUGAUCUUGUUUUAGACGAAGUUGAACGAAGUUUAAAUGAUGCGCUUUGUGUAGUUAAGUGUUUACACGAUGAAAAUUUUAUAGUUCCUGGUGGAGGGGCAAUUGAAAUGGCUAUAUCUAAUAAAAUAUUGGAGUUGGAAGACGGUAAUAUUUUCAUAAAUAGGGAGAUUAGUCGAGGAUUUGAAGCAAUACCUUAUUUUUUGGCACGUAAUGCAGGACUUAAUUCAAUAGAAGCAGUCUCGGAACUCAAAAAAGCUAUAAGAGAGAAUCCAACUUAUGGUAUUAGUGUUAGGGGAAAUAAUAUUAAUGAUAUGCUUGAAGAUGAUAAUGUAGUACAGCCUGCUUCUAUUACUAAAUCUAUUGUAAACUUAGCAAUAGAAACUGUUAUAAUGCUAUUAAAGAUUGAUGAUAUUUUACCUUCAAGAGUUUAA